AAGUUGGCUUUGCCAGAAAUAAAAUAUUUGCUUCGCCGGGCAACUUUAAGUGCUAAUUGUUAUCCGGUUUUUUGUGGCUCGGCUUUUAAGCAUGUGGGAGUAAAAUUUCUCUUAAAUGGGAUAGUUGAUUACUUGCCUUCGCCGCAAGACAUGGCCGCAGUCUCAGUUCUGCAACCGGGGGGGAAAACUGCAACCAAAUUAGCAGCGAAUUCCAACUUACCGUUAGCUUUGGCUUUUAAAAUCGAUUUUGAUAAAUUCAGUAACCAACUUACUUUUUUACGAGUUUACUCAGGAAAAAUUUCUUCUAAUUCCUAUGUUUAUAACGUCAACCGGAAAAAAAAAGAAAGAAUUAGCCGGUUGGUGCGAAUGCACGCUGACAAAACUGAGGAAAUUAAACAAGUUGGAGUAGGAGAUAUUGCUGCUGCCUAUGGCUUGCGGCAAACUGUCACCGGCGACACUCUGGGGUCAGAAAAUAAUCCGCUACUUUUAGAAAAUAUCGAAUUUGAUAAUCCAGUUAUUUCCUUGGCAGUAGAAGCCAAGACUAAUAAGGAUAAUGACAAAUUAAGUGAGAUUCUAAAAAAAUUAAUUAUUCAAGACCCUGGGUUGCAAUACCAAAUUGAUAAAAAAACCGGACAAAUGUUGCUUUCGGGACGAGGAGAAUUACACUUAGACGUUUCCGUAAAAAGAUUGCGAGAAAACGGGAUUGAGGUUAGCACCGGACACGGACAUUUUGCCCGCAUAUUGAUUCGUUUUGAACCUAAUCCGGGGCAAGGUUUCGAAUUUGUUAAUGCUAUUCGUGGCGAAGCUGUGCCCAAAGAGUUUGCCGAAGCCGUGAAAGACGGUUUGGAAGAAAUUAUGGCUUCUGGUUUGCUUCUAGGUUAUCCAACCAUCGAUGUCAAAGCUACCUUGCUCGACGGGAAAACCCACCCG